CAACUCGCAACUUUUAUAUUUCACUCUGCUGCUUCGAGAUCCACCCAUUAAAAAGUAUUUAAACCGAAAUGAAGAUUAGUGAGCCUUCAUGGGCCUUCGUGGGCUUUGACCUGGGUUUAGUGUUUAAAGCCCAUUUCCUCUUUAUGGUCGUGUACUUGAGAAGAAAUCUUUUCUUCUUCUCUGUAAACAAUCCAUCGAAAGAUCAUCAAAAAAAUCAUCUUCUUCCUCAAUUUCUUCUGAUUCCUCCUCUCUUUCUUCUACUUCUCACCAAAUUUCUGUUAGUUCUCUGAUAAGUACAUUUCGUGCUUAUCAAAUACUUAUAUUUUAAGGGGUUGAAGUUGUAAUUUUGAAGAAGUUGAAGAUCAAUCAAAAAUAAUAGAAGAACAGAGACGACGAAACGAAACCAGCCGGAGAACUGAGCAGAGAAAAACCCCCGGCGAGAAUGGGAAAUUCGAAUUCGUCUUCUGUUGAUCAUCGCUUCAUUUCUGCUUCCAGAGCUUUUACUCAGAAGAAGCUCGAUGAUCUCAAAUCUCUCUUCGUCUCCCUCGCUUCCAAUUCUCAGAGCAAUGACCAAUACGUCUCGUACCCUGUUUUCCAGGAGUAUUUUGGUCUGAGUGGUUCUUUAGGAGAAAGGAUGUUUGAUAUGGUCACUCAACGCAGGAAAGAUGAUAAAAUGACUUAUGAAGAUCUUGUUAUUGCUAAGGCAACAUACGAGAAAGGAACUGACGAUGAGAUUGCUGAGUUUAUUUACCAGACUUUGGAUGUUAAUGGCAAUGGGGUCUUGUCAAGGUCUGAUUUAGAGUCGUUCCUGGUGGUGAUUUUGAAGAGUGUGUUCUCCACUGAGAGUUCUGAUGCGGAAUCAAGUGAUUACAAGAAGAUGGUGGAUGCGCUACUCAAUGCCGCUACUUUCUCAAAAUCUGAUGAUGGUUCUGAAAAAGGAAUGUCUUUUGAAGACUUCAGAAGCUGGUGCUCAUUCGUUCCAACUAUCAGAAAGUUCCUCGGAAGCUUGCUUAUGCCCCCGAGUACAGUGAGACCUGGAUAUCAAGUCCCGCAUCUGCUAUAUGAAGAUAGUGUGAGUUCAGAUAGGCUACUAUUAAAGAAGGAAUACGCUUGGCAUAUUGGAGGAGCUCUUCCUCACCAUGAGCUUGUAGAGUGGAAGCUGUUGUAUCACAGUUCCGUACACGGUCAAAGCUUCAACACAUUCCUCGGACACACAUCAAACACUGGUAUGUCGGCAUCUGUGCUAAUCAUCAAAGACACAGAAGGAUAUGUGUAUGGAGGGUACGCCUCUCAACCUUGGGAGAGGUACAGCGAUUUCUAUGGAGACAUGAAGUCUUUUCUUUUCCAGCUUAACCCUAAAGCAGCCAUUUACCGACCAACUGGAGCAAACACCAACAUUCAAUGGUGUGCUACUAAUUUCACAUCGGAGAACAUUCCGAAUGGGAUAGGAUUUGGAGGUAAGAUAAAUCACUUUGGCCUGUUUAUAUCAGCAAGCUUCGAUCAAGGCCAGACAUUCGAAUGCACAACGUUUGGUAGCCCGAGCCUUUCCAAGACGAGCAGAAUUCAGCCAGAAGUGAUAGAAUGCUGGGGAAUCGUUCAGGCCUCAAAUGAACAAGACACCAAACAUAACGCCAUGAAAGGUACUGUUCUGGAGAGGUUUAAGGAAGAUCGCAACAUGCUCAAACUAGUCGGCAUGGCAGGCAAUUCAAAUGAUUGAAUAGAGAAUUUAGGUUCUGAGAUUCAAUCUUAGAUAUACACUCAACGUUCGUAUACAUUGUGAGAGUGAGUGUGCAAAAACAUUAUGUACAAUAAAGAGUGUUGUAUGAUUCAUACCAUUUCCAUUUCACUUGAAUCACAUCAAAAUUCGAGAAAGUGUUU